GGUGGGUUGAGGAGUGGCGGCGCCGUCGGUGCCUCUCGCGCUCUGCUUCCUUCUUCUUCCUGCGUCUGGAAAGAAGGCCUGGUAGAACCCUCGAGAAAAAGGCCUUUUUCGGUUUGAUCUUCGUUUGCUGCUCCCAGCUGGGCAUUGCCUUGAGGAGUUGCGAGCUGCUCUGCGAUGACGGACUCAUCGGGGGACGAAGGGUUUCGGCUGUGGCGUAGAUGACCACAGCAGCCGCUAUGAGUUCCUCUGCUUGCUUGAUGGAGACCUUGCGCUGCCGUCUGAGAGCCCUCGCUCUGUCCUUGGCGGCCGGUGACAUGGAAAGCUCAGGAAGAAUCACGGCAGGAGUCGAGGGCCGGAGACCCCAUACUGAGCUAUCGGUUUGCGUUCCACAGUCCGAGAAUCCGUCUCGCAGCACGGGGCUGAAGUUGGCGUCCACAUCCGAAUCCUUUUGGUCCGCCAUGGUGAUUGUGUCCGGUGCCGGAACGUGCUCCAAAGUCUGGGUCAAUUUGUCUGAUGAGCUGCGACGUGACAUUGCCUCUGCUGUAGUAGAAUCGGGAGCGUCCUUAGUUGUAGCAUCGUCGUCCGAGGCUUUGACAGCAUUGAAAGCAACCAAGCCGGCUGCAGCAGCAACACCGGUGGCGGCAGCUCCCGCGAUGAGUGCGUCCUUGUCAAUUGACUCAUCGUUGUCGGCUGGCUCCGCGUUGUCGUCCGGUGAUUGUAUAGCUUCUUCGGGCCCAUUGGCGUCUGCCUCAGGAGUUGAUGCCUCCUCAACUGCGUCGGGCUCUGCAGGGGCGUCUUCAGGAGCGUCAUCGGGGUUGACAGGAGCUUCUGAGGCGGGUUCUUCGGAGGCAGCUGGUAUUUCUUCGGAUGCGUCCUCAGCCUCUAUCGUCGUGGCAUCCGCGGCCUCAGGAGUAGGCUCUUCUGAAACAGGUUCUUCAGAGGCACCUUCUUCAAGAACGGCUACUUCAGGAGUAGGCUCUUCAGGGGAUGGAUCUUCGGGAGCUGGCUCUUCAGGAGCAGCUUCUUCGGGAACAGGCUGUUCAGGGACGGUUUCUUCAAGAGCAGGCUCUUCGGAGGCUGCUUCUUCGGGGACGGCUUCUUCGACUUCAGGAGCAGCUGCUUCAGGGGUGGGCUCUUCGGGGGCAACUUCUUCAGGAGCAGCUUCUUCGGGGGUAGGCUCCUCAGGAGAGGGCUCCUCAGAAACGGCAUCCUCAGGAGUUACUUCGGCCGCUGCAGAGUCUUCUGGUGUGGCUUCAAGAGUAGCGUCAUCCGGAGUCGACUCUUCAGGAGGGGCAUCAUCCACGACGGGCUCUUCGUAGACAACUUCUGGUACAGGCUCGUCGGCGGGCUCAGCAGGAGUUUCUUGCGUCUCAUCUGGCUCCCCUGGUGUGGCUUCUGCUGCCGACUCUUCAGGCACUGGAUCCGCUGGAACUUCUUCGGGAGCGGCAUCGAUCUCUCUUGAUGCGUCUUCGACGUGCUCAGGCUCUGCGGGAGAGGUUUCCUCAGGUGCAGCAGCUUCUUCGGGGCUGGCUUCGACGGGUUCGGGCUCUUCAGUUGCUGCCUCGGGAAUAGUAUCGGUUGAAGGAACGUCCUCAGGAACUGGCUCCUCCACGGCUGACGCUUCUACUGCGGCUUCAGGUUCUUCGGG